AUGCCUCACCAAUACCAUUUCGACGUUACCAUGACGUGUUCCGGAUGCUCCAACGCGGUUAACCGUGUUCUCACUAGAUUGGACGGCGUUUCCAAUGUCGAUAUCUCUUUGGAGAAGCAAACCGUGGAUGUGACCACCGGUGACUCACUUGAUUACGAUACCGUCUACAACACCAUCGCUAAGACCGGCAAAAAAGUCAACAGCGGCAAAACUAUACAAUAA